CGCGCGUUCUGGUCAAUUUGGGAUGAAACGUCUUUGGAAUCAUCGGCGACGCGUUUUGAGGAUCACCAACGUUGAUUGAUCGCCGUUCGUAACCAAGGCACGAGAUUUGUAUCAGAUUCUAUUUCAGAGUGAAGUCUCAACCUGUUUGGUAGUGUCGGUAUCCAGAUCCAGUCAUGGCGGAGUCUCUGUUUAAGCUGCAGAAAUAUCCGCACGAAUAUCCGACCACUAUAUACGAUGUUCCUCCCGAUGCUGCGACCGAAGAAUGCGGAAUGAUCUUCUUAAUACCGGGGAAUCCCGGUCUACCAGAAUACUACGUUCCUUUUCUCUCUCAGGCCCGAGAAGGCUUGCCGGGUUGGCGCAUUGUUUGCGUCUCGCAAGCAGGUUACGAUACCGUGGCUACUGCCGGUGCAGCACGGUCGUCGGAUCAGAAAUACUACGGUCUAGAGCAGCAGACGCAACACAAGGUGGAGGUUCUGACCUCCCUACUUCAGAAAUACAGCUACUUCUCGACCGUCGAUCUUGUGAACAAGAAACAGGUGGUAGUCGUCGGUCACAGUAUAGGCUGCUGGAUGAUUCAGCGCAUGCUAGCGAAACUUGCGAAACAGCAGAUUCCAGCACCGAUCACCCUCGCAGUCCUCCUAUUCCCCACAAUCAGAGACUUGGCACAAAGCAGUAGCGGAAUGGCGUUGAAAACCAUUUCGUCAUAUGUACCACGGCUAGCCGAUUUUGUCUCGAUCUUCACAUUCUACGCUGCAAAAUAUCUCCCAUCCUCGGCCCUUCACACUAUAAUCAAGCUCGCGAUGAGGAACCCGCCGGAGCAUGCCUUGCAUGCCACCACCCAGCUGGUCGGCUCUCCUGCCGUUGUUUGGCAGUCUAUCAGUCUGGGCAUUGAAGAAAUGGGCAUUCACGGAGAACGCGAUGAUAUGGCUGAGUUCUUUUGGGAUGGCCCUUGGGGAACAUUACAUAGCGAGAGUAGCAAGCAAGGACGGAUUGUUGCGUAUUUUGCCGAGAGCGAUCAUUGGGUUGCAGAUCGUACCAGGGCGGAGAUUUUGGAGGCACACGCGAAGAGGGAGAAUGUUUCGUUCAACAUCUCGACGGCGGAAGAGAACUGCAAGCAUGCGUUCUGCGUCAAAGAUAGUGAUGUUAUGGCCAAGCGACUGGUGGAUUGGGUGACCGAGCUUGAUGGACAUUGAGUGUUUAUAUGAAUAAGAUAGACAAAUAUAGAU